AGAGAUGUUUCCGGGUCAGGUAGGCAGGCGCCAUCUUGUGAUUGUGGUGUGUGGCGGGGUUUGCGGCGGGUCACCGAGCGAGUCGUCGAGCCCACGUUUGUCCCGUCCCCUCUUAGGAACAGUUUAUAAGGCUGUAUUUUUUUUAAAAAAAAACGAGAGGUAGAUUGAGAGAAGAGGGGACAAUCCAAAACCCAAACACUCGACGAUGAGUUACGGUCGGAUGCCGCCUGAUAUCGAAGGAAUGACCUCGUUGAAAGUUGAUAACCUGACCUAUCGCACGUCCCCCGAGACGCUGAAGCGCGUGUUCGAGAAGUACGGCAAAGUGGGCGACGUCUACAUCCCCCGGGACCGCUUCACCCGCGAGAGCCGCGGCUUCGCCUUCGUCCGCUUCCACGACAAGAGAGACGCCGAGGACGCCAUCGAUGCUAUGGACGGCGCGGUGCUGGACGGCAGGGAGCUGAGGGUGCAGAUGGCUCGAUACGGUCGACCGGCCGAGUCCCACCGGAGAGGAGGCUCGUCCCGCCGCUAUGGCGGCUCGUACGGCAGGCGAAGCCGGAGCCCUAGAAGACGACGACGAUCUCGUUCAAGAUCCAGAAGCCGUAGCCGUUCUAGGUCGAGAUCUCGCUACAGCAGAUCCAGAUCUCGCUCAUAUUCCCGUUCUAGAUCACGUUCAAAGUCUAGAUCUGUUGAAAGAUCAAGGUCAAAAUCGAAGUCUAAAUCGAAGUCCAGGUCUCGGUCCAGAUCUAAGUCACAAUCAAGAUCCAGAAGUGGAUCCCGGAUGUCCCAUGGCUCGAAGUCCCGAUCAAAGACACCAACAAAAUCUCCACAGAAAGAUGGCAUUGAAUCACCAUAAAAAUGUGGUAAAUUGCAUCAAAAUGUUGCAGAUGGCUGGAAGAUCCACACGGUAGAUGCCUUGCAGGAAAGACCAUCUCUUGCCAUCUGUUUAAGUGAUGGAGAGACCUUCCUAAAAUAAGCAGUGAUCUACUUAAAAGGUUAUUAUAACAUCAUUGUUUAUAAUAGGUUUUUUGUCAGUUUUAAAGUCUUGAAUUUAAAUUAGUGUCUGUGAAGGCUCAUUAUAUGUUAUGUGCCAUCUAUGUUGCUAUUACUUAAACUUCUUACAAUUUAGUGAAAUGCUCCACUUCAGAUUCAUUUUGGCUUGGAUAUGUACAUAAGGUAAAAGGCAUGAAAUGUAUUUCCAGGUUUUGUAAUGUUUCUGUAUACUGAAAUAAUUAUCUUUUAAAUUUUGACUUUGCAUAUGUUUUUUUUCAUUUUAUUCCAGUCCAAUACUAAUCUCAUUGUCUCAUGUAUUUUUGUGCACUAGGCGCAGUUGUGUAGCAGUUCUGUAAAGCGGGUUAGCUGUAAGGUGGCGUGUUGCAGUGCAGUGCAGAGUGCUUGGCUGUGUCCUGUAUUCUCCUGAUUGCUCCUGUAAUGAUGCCUUGACGUGCAGAAAAUAUGGCUGUCCAGUAAAAUGCCUGUCAGCUGCACCUCCAGAGACCUGGCUGCGUGUAAAAUUUGGAGCAGGCAGUAAGCACCACUAGCUACCUUGUUUCUUGUACUUGUUAAUGUGGUUUAUACAUUUACACAUGGAACACAAUGUUUAGAAAGCUGUUAAUUUUUGAAUUUCAUUGUAAUUAACAGUUAUAUUUGCUUCAAAACAUAAAAUCCUGUACUUCUGUAAUUCUAUUAAAGAUUUUCCUUGGUGUUAA